AUGUCUUGCUAUGACCUGUGCCCCACCACCGGCAACAUCGCCGUCCCCCAGCCCAUCGCUAACAGCUGUAAUGAGCCAUGUGUCCGGCAGUGCCCUGACUCCACGGCCGUGAUCCAGCCACCUCCCGUGGUGGUUACCUUCCCCGGCCCCAUCCUCAGCUCCUUCCCUCAGCAAGCCGUGGUGGGCUCCUCCGGAGCACCCGCCUUUGGGGGCAACCUGGGGCUGGGGGGCCUCUACGGUGCUGGGAGCCUCUACGGUUAUGGGGGCUCUCUGGGAUAUGGGGCCCAGUAUGGAUAUGGGAGUUCAGCCAUCUCUACACUCGGCAGUGGGUACUACAGCCCGUACUCCUCCCGUCGGUACAGCCGGCUCCUCCGCGGCAGCUGUGGGCCAUGCUAA